AUGCUUCCAUUAAAAGCAUUCCUCCUCACCUUGCUCUCUCUGAGCAGCGUGCUGGGCCAUUCACACCACCACGACGAUGACGAAACCGUUCCUGAAGAUAGACGCGAGGAACUGCUGAAGAAAUGGGAGCAGGAGUGGGGUUUCUCUGGCAUCUCAACAUUUGCACACAUGAAGGCAGUCAAGUGCCUGCUGGAGCCAGAUGAGCUGUACGACAUUGCCAUCAUCGGCGCCCCGUUUGACACGGCCGUGAGCUACAGGCCUGGCGCCCGUUUCGGCCCUCGCGCGAUUCGCGCUGCCAGUGGCCGCCAACUGCCCGGCACCAGCUACAACGCGCGCGCAGCAAUCAACCCAUACCUGUCCUGGGCAACACUGCGCGACUGCGGCGAUAUCCCCGUCACGCCGUUUGACAACGCGCUGGCCGAGCGGCAAAUGUACGAAGCCUUUCUAGAGCUGGGCACACGCCCUGCCAAAUCCAUUGCGCCUGCCAGCAGCAGCAGCAGCAGAACCAAAAGCAUUGGAUCUGGAAAACCAAAACUGGUCACGCUCGGCGGCGACCACAGCGUCGCGCUACCAGCUCUGCGCGCUCUGUAUCAGAUAUACCAAAAACCCAUCACGGUGCUACACUUUGACGCCCACCUCGACACCUGGAACCCCGUGCGGUACGCAUCGUACUGGCUCUCUGAGCAAUCGCGGUUCAACCAUGGCAGUUUUUUCCAUAUUGCGAGUACUGAGGGACUAAUCUCCAACACCACCUCUGCGCACGCCGGCAUCCGGACUCGGUUGACUGGCGUUGAUGAUGGCGAUUACACAAACCCUGGUCCCGAACAAGGGUUUUUGCGUAUUCAUGCCGACGAUAUCGACGAUAUCGGUCCCGCUGGUGUAGUAGACUCGAUUAUUGAUCGUAUCGGUUUGGACCCGGACCAACCGGUUUAUUUAUCUGUUGAUAUCGAUGUUCUCGAUCCGGGCACUGCCCCCGGAACAGGUACCCCGGAGCCUGGCGGGUGGACGACACGAGAGAUGAUUCGCAUUCUGCGAGGUAUUGAGAAACUAAAUCUUGUUGGUGCGGAUAUCGUCGAGGUGAGUCCUAGUUAUGAUAAUGUCGGCGAGACGACGGCCUUGGCGGCGGCGCAGGUGGCUUUUGAGAUUAUUACGAGUAUGGUCAAGGCUGGGGUUGAUCAAGAUUUGGGCGGUUGGUAUGGCAAGAAAGAAGGGGAAGUGUUUGAUGAUGAGGCUGUGGGGAAGGAUGAACUAUAA